AUCGCCGUCGCCGGAGCCAGCCGGAGGAGAGAUCGUCUGCGCGCGGGAUGGGCGCAGCGGCGAAGAACCGCAGCGUCGCCGGCGGCACGGCGGCCUCGGAGGAGGAGAAGGGCCGCAAGAGGGGCCACGGAUCCACCGCGCUCUUCGUGGCGGUGGAUUACGCCUUCCUGCUCGCCUUCGCCGGGUUCCUCUCCUACCUCGUCGUCUCCCAGAUCCUCCCGUCCGCCGCCUAGAUCUGCCGCCCCCGUCUCUUCCCGCCGCUAUUUGCUUCUGGAUGCGAUGCCGUGUGAGAUCGUGAGAUCUUAGCUACAGAUAUUAGGACGACCUACUCCUUGUCUCGUUUGAUCCAAUGUAUUCCUUCUUUGUAUUGAUCAUAAUAUGAGAUGAGAACUAGAUCGGAUGCUCUUCUCUGGCAAUUAAUUGUAAUGAUCCUGUCUUCCUGUGUUCUAGAAAAAUAAAAUGCCGCAAGUGCUGGUUCGUUCA